UAUAAAUGCACCGCUUGGUCAGCUAGCGACUGAUUUGAAUGAGAAACCGCAAAAAAGGAAUAACAUUCCAGGUGAAUGCGUUGUUUUAAGAGAUAAGAGUAGGAAAACACACGAUUGUUUGUGUGUGUGUGUGUUAAGACAGCAGCGGAUCAUUGUUUGAGAGGAUAGUGACGAGAUAGAAGACGGCGGACUCUACUCUCAGCCAUCUUGGUAAACACAGUCUCGCAACUCCAUGCCAGCUCCACGGAGACGCGACAUGGGCUCGCUGCGUGGAAUCUAACCCGAGCAGAAGGGGGAUUUUACAGCACGACGGCGCCACGCUGUUCUGAGAGAUGGAGCCAGAUCAGUUUGGGAUUUACCUGCUCCUCUCACUCGCCCUCCUGCCCAGAUACAGCUGCACCACCGCCAAGGAGAUCACCUGCCAGGAAAUAGCCGUGCCCCUAUGCAAAGGCAUCGGCUACAAUUACACCUACAUGCCCAAUCAGUUCAAUCAUGACACACAGGAUGAGGCUGGGUUGGAGGUCCACCAGUUCUGGCCCCUGGUGGAGAUCCAGUGCUCCCCGGAUCUUAAGUUUUUCCUGUGCAGCAUGUACACGCCAAUCUGUCUGGAGGACUACAAGAAGCCGCUCCCGCCGUGCAGGAGCGUGUGCGAGAGAGCUCGGGCUGGCUGUGCUCCCCUCAUGAGGCAGUAUGGUUUCCCAUGGCCGGACCGGAUGAAGUGUGACCUACUGCCGACACAAGGUAACCCGGACACACUGUGCAUGGACUACAACAGAACAGACUCCACCACUGUGUCACCAGUCCUCUCCAAGCCCACCAACCACCCGGGGAAGGGGUACAAUCUGCCCAAGAUGAAGCCGGGAAGACCUGGAGCUCCUCGGAAGUACAAGCCGCCUGCCGCACCCUGCGAGCCUGGCUGUACAUGUUUGGAUCCCAUGGUGCCCGUCAACACCGAGCGCCACCCACUUUACAACCGUGUCAAAACCGGACAGAUUACCAACUGUGCCAUGCCGUGCCACAGUCCCUACUUCACCCACGAUGAGCGGGCCUUCACCGCCUUUUGGAUUGGGCUGUGGUCCGUUUUGUGUUUUGUCUCGACGUUCGCCACGGUGGCCACCUUCCUCAUCGACAUGGAGCGCUUCAAGUACCCGGAGAGACCCAUCAUCUUCCUCUCGGCCUGCUACAUGUUUGUGUCCGUCGGGUACAUCGUGCGGCUGAUCGCUGGGCACGAGAAGGUGGCCUGCAGCCGAGAGUAUGACGUGGAGCACAUCCACUACGAGACAACUGGACCAGCACUCUGCACAGUGGUCUUCCUGCUUAUCUACUUCUUUGGCAUGGCCAGCUCCAUCUGGUGGGUCAUCUUGUCCCUGACUUGGUUCCUUGCCGCUGGGAUGAAAUGGGGCAACGAAGCCAUAGCCAGUUACUCCCAGUACUUCCACCUGGCAGCGUGGCUCAUUCCCAGCAUGAAGUCCAUAGCGGUUCUGGCCCUGAGUUCUGUGGAUGGGGACUCAGUGGCUGGGAUUUGCUACGUGGGCAACCAGAACCUUGACAACCUGCGUGGGUUUGUCCUAGCUCCUUUGGUAAUUUAUUUAUUCAUUGGAACCAUGUUCCUUUUGGCUGGAUUUGUGUCUCUAUUCAGGAUCCGAAACGUCAUCAAGCAAGGCGGCACUAAAACAGACAAACUGGAAAGGCUCAUGAUUAGAAUCGGUAUUUUCACGGUGCUCUACACGGUUCCAGCCACUGUUAUAGUAGCUUGUUUCUUCUACGAGCAGCACAACAGGCAGAAGUGGGAGACAACCCACAACUGCUCCAACUGUUUACAUGAGCGGGACCGCAGCAGGCCGGACUACGCCGUCUUUAUGUUAAAGUACUUCAUGUGCCUUCUGGUGGGCAUCACGUCUGGAGUGUGGAUCUGGUCAGGAAAGACUUUGGACUCUUGGAGGACUUUCUGCACCAGGUGCUGCUGGGGUAGCAAGGCCACCGGUGGUUCCAUGUACAGCGACGUGAGCACUGGCCUGACGUGGAGGUCAGGCACGGCCAGCUCUGUGUCUUGCCCCAAGCAGAUGCCAUUGUCGCAGGUUUGAAUGGAGAAAAGAAAACACAAAAGCAGCUUAUGAGGACUGCUAAUUGUUUGAGAGAUAACCCAUCACGCCCUGUCUUAAGCAAUUUGCAUUGGAAUGAAACAAUUGGAAGCUCAUCUCCAACUUUGGGGCAUUACUUCUUGUAGCUAGCGUCAUGCAAAGACCUUUUUUUUUAACAACCUUUCUGAUUGAUUUUUUUACCUAUCUUGUGCCAGAUAACAUUGUCAAAGAUAAAUUAAGCCUUAAUAGUACCCCCUGUGUUUUUUUUUUAAUUAUUUUAUGGGUCAUUCAUUUUGUGAUUAAAAAAUAUAUAUAUUUAUAUAAAGCUUAUGUAUAUUUGUGUAUAAAAGAAAACUUUAUAAGUAUUGUAUAUUUGUACAAAGUGUAGAUGUUUUUUGUGGAAGAGCCAAAAAAAGACUUUUAU